GUGUUCCUCGAUAGAAAAGAGGACUGGGGGUUUAGCUGCGCGCUCUCUCCCUCCCCCAAUUUUCUCUUUCCUCAUCUAGGGUUUCCGCGUCGCCGCGGCCGCGAGUCGCCAUGGAUUUCGACGAGUACGACUACUUGGAGAAGACGGUGGAGGGCUCCGGGGCGCCGUCCAACGGCGCCGCCGCGCCCAGAUCCGAGGAGAAGGAGCGAAGCUCUCGCCGCCGGAGCGGCGGCGGCGGCGGCGGCGACGAAGAGCGCGACGAUGGCGAGCGCAGAUCCAAGCGCUCUCGCUCGGAGGAGAACCGCGACCGCGACAAGGACAAGGACCGGGACCGGCACCGCGACCGCGACAAGGACCGGGACCGGCACCGCAGCAGCCGGGAGCGUCGCGACCGCGACCGCGACCGAGACCGGGACGAGAAGGAUAGGGAGAAGGAGAGGGACAAGGACAAGGAGAGGAGAAGCCGGGACCGCGAGAAGGAGAAGGAGAAGGAGAAGGAGAGGGAGAGGGAGAGGGAGAAGGAUAGAGAGCGGAGGAGCCGGAGCCGGUCCGAGCGCCGCCGCGACGACGAAGAACGUGACCGCGAACGCUACCGCGAGCGAGACUACCGUGACCGCGAUGUCAGACGUAGGAAAGAAGAGGCUGGAGAGCCUGAAGCAGAUCCAGAACGAGAUCAAAGGACAGUAUUUGCCUACCAGUUAUCUCUGAAGGCGGAUGAAAGAGACGUGUACGAAUUCUUUUCAAGGGCUGGGAAGGUCCGGGAUGUUCGCCUCAUCAUGGACCGAAACUCGCGCCGUUCUAAAGGAGUUGGGUACAUCGAAUUCUAUGAUGUUAUGUCUGUACCAAUGGCAAUAGCUCUUUCUGGCCAGCUGCUUCUUGGUCAACAGGUGAUGGUUAAGCCAUCAGAGGCUGAAAAGAAUUUAGUUCAGUCAAAUGCUUCUUCAAGUGGAGCAGCUUCAGGUGGGGCAAGAAAGUUGUAUGUUGGAAAUCUUCACUCAAAUAUUACUGAAGAUCAAUUGAGACAGGUCUUCGAACCGUUUGGUCAGGUGGAGCUUGUCCAAUUGCCACUAGAUCCACUUACUGGGUUAUGUAAAGGUUUUGGUUUUGUUCAGUUUGCACGCCUUGAAGAUGCAAAGGCUGCUCAGAGUUUAAAUGGGCAACUUGAUAUAGCUGGACGUGUGAUUAAGGUUUCUGCUGUGACAGACCAAGCAGGAGUUCAAGUCAGUGGAGUAACUACUGGAGAUUUGGAUGAUGAUGAAGGUGGAGGUUUGGCACUGAAUGCUAGUUCAAGAGCUCUUUUGAUGCAGAAAUUAGACCGUAGCGGCGUUACCACCAGUUUGACUGCUGGGAUAGCCGGUACUGGUUUGAACACUUCUGUUGGAUUACCACCUGCAUCAGUUCUUGGUGCUCCUCCAGUCGCUGCAUCUGUACUGCCUACAGUGCCUGGUCUUGGUUCAGUUCCUGGGGUGUCUCUUCCAAUUACUACCCAAGCCAUUGAGACAGCCCCACCCAGUGAAUGCCUAUUGCUUAAAAAUAUGUUUGAUCCAUCCGUGGAGACGGACCCUGAUUUUGAUUUGGAUAUCAAAGAUGAUGUCCAAGAAGAAUGCUCCAAGUUUGGCCAAGUAAAACACAUUUUUGUGGACAAGAAUACUUCUGGCUUUGUGUACCUUCGAUUUGACAGUAUAACAGCUGCCAUGAGUGCACAGAAAGCACUUCAUGGGAGGUGGUUUGCGGGAAAGAUGAUUACGGCAACAUUUAUGUCUCCGCAGCAGUACUCAACGAAGUUCCCGAGCUAGCGGACAGCAACUUUCGGUUGAUCGCUGAAGAUUCUUGCUCUAUUGCUGUGUAACGGUCUCCUGUAACAUUAUGUCAUGCAGCCUUUUGUACUUUAUAGCAUGGGUUAUUCAACACUAAGUUCGCAUACAUCACUCGUUUUUGCUUAAGACAUUAUCUAUAAGCUCUCGAAGUGUACGGCGGGCAAAUAUUUUAACUCUUGGUGUUUCAAUUGAUCGUGCCGUGAUGGCAAAUAUUAAAGAAAUGUUGUCGAAUUUUGGGGCAAUCGUAAUUGCCCAGGAAAA